GUUUUUAUCUUUCUCGAUUGGGUAACAGUGUUCAAUAAAUGGAAAAUGAAAGCCACUUUGGUGGAUUUCUGCAGCAUUUCUCCAGAUUCCCAAGUCAACAAAAGCUAGUUAAUUGCCCAGAUUUUUUAUCUAUGUUCAGUCGUUCAUGUUCUUUGUUUGCUUGCUGAUCCCUUCUGCAACUCAACCUCCAGAUGGGUACCACAGAGACACAAGAGCUUGCAGAGAUUCCUCCACCUGAUCCCUCCAAAGAACAACUCCUAUCUCAUGAUGAAAAGAUCGAGCAGCUUGUGCCGGACACACGCCCAAGCAAGAGUCUUCUCUCCAUCAUCCAACAGCCAUUUCAUUGGCUUCGGAUGCUCUGCAGGGAACUCAACACAAGCUUUGUGCUUGGGGUGGUGCUCGUGUAUGGCCUCAGCCAAGGCUUCUCUGGGUCGUUCUUCCGGGUGGUCUCCGACUACUACUGGAAGGAUGUGCAGAAGGUGCAGCCUUCUGCCGUCCAGUUAUACUAUGGGCUCUAUUACAUCCCUUGGGUGAUGAAACCCAUCUGGGGAUUACUCACCGAUGUCUUCCCGGUGAGGGGUUACCGGCGCCGUCCGUACUUCAUUCUCGCCGGUGCUCUGGGGGCUGUUCCGGCUUUGGUUAUCGCUGUUCAUGCCAAGUUGUCAAUUGUGAUGGCACUGGGUUGCUUAAUUGGGAUUGCAGCAAGCGUGGCAAUUGCUGAUGUGACGAUUGAUGCAUGCAUUGCCAGGAAUAGCAUUGAGAUUCCGGCAUUGGCGCCGGACAUGCAGAGCCUCUGUGGGUUCUGCAUGUCGGCAGGGGCCUUGGUUGGGUACUCCACCAGUGGUUUCUUUGUUCAUCACUUGGGAGCUCAGGGAUCUCUGGGACUUCUGGCACUCCCACCUGCUCUGCUGGUAGUGCUGGGAUUUGUGAUCUAUGAACUGAAGACUAGUGGCCAUUCUGAGAAGAAGAUGGCACUGGACAAGCUAGGGGGAGCAAUCAGUGGCAUGUACAGAACCAUUAAGUAUCCUCAAGUUUGGAAGCCUUCUCUUUACAUGUACCUGUCUCUGGCCCUAAGCAUAAGCACCCAUGAAGGCCAAUUCUACUGGUACACUGACCCCAACGCUGGCCCUGCAUUUUCUCAGGAGUUUGUUGGGAUGAUAUAUGCUAUUGGUGCAAUGGCUUCCAUUGUUGGGGUCCUAGUCUACCACAAGGUUCUUAAGGAAUACCCAUUCAGGAAUCUGCUCUUCUUUGCCCAACUCCUCUAUGCAACCUCAGGCAUGCUUGAUGUUAUCUUUGUCCUUCGAUGGAACCUCAAACUAGGGAUCCCCGACUACUUCUUUGUAAUCCUGGAAGAGUGUGUCUCUCGGAUUGUGAGCAGAAUAAGAUGGAUGCCCAUGAUUGUGUUAAGCACCAAACUUUGCCCUCUAGGCAUUGAAGGAACCUUCUUUGCCCUGUUGAUGUGCAUUGACAGCCUUGGCUCACUCUCAUCCAAGUGGGGUGGAGGCAUAAUUCUACAUAUGUUUCAUGUAACAAGAACAGACUUCACAAACCUAUGGUCAGUACUCUUCAUCAGGAAUAUACUGAGAUUUGCUACAUUGAGCUUGAUUUUCCUUGUUCCUAGAGCAGAUCAAUCCGAUGUUCUGAUACCAUCUGACCUACUGACUAAGGCUCCAGAUGCCGUGUCUUCAGAUGCAGAAGAGGAAGGCUUACAACUUGUGUCCAUGAAUGAGAAACUUGAAGCUUAAGUAGGUACCUUGACAGACAAUCAUACAAGGGUUCUAUACAGUGUAAGAAGUUGAGAAGGGAUAAAUCUUGUAAACAUCAUGUGAAUUCUUGUUCUAAUCUUAUACUUGACAUCUUUGGAGGGUCU